ACUGAAUGUGUAAAAGCGAUGCUAGUUUCAUAAUUAAAGCAAAUGCGUUGUUGUGUAAACACUGACUGAGUAGGGUGAAAGGGGGCGAGCCAAGAGUCUAUUCUGUAUGCGAGGUGCGAACUCGUUACCGCCCUACCCGCGGGCAUAGCCACGUCUCAAUUAUACCUAACUUCAUUACUCAGAUUCCGUUACGAGCAUAAGCUCUAAGUAGUCGCGGAGUCAUCUCGUCGUAAUAUAUACGGGCGAACUUUGUUUGUGUAAUUAAUUUGUUUUCUGUGCGCCUCUCGGCAAGUUACGUCGCUCGCACGACUCUCAUUCAGUUGCUCUACAGAAAAUUCAAUUUGUUUUUAAUAUUAGAUAUAUAUUUUUAAAUAAUAGUUCAAAUUCUAUUCAGUUCAUUUUUAUACUCAUCGUAUUGGUGUUAUAAUUUAUUUACAUACGGGAUCUUAUCUAACAAUAUCACGAUGAUUCUCGUGGCUACCCUCCUGUGUGUACUCGUUGGGCUGGUAUUUUAUUACGACCGCAAGCGCAAGAACACGCGAGCCAAAAAAUUACUCAGCAAGUUUAAUGGAUCGGACGGGCUGCCUAUCAUUGGAAAUGCUCUGGAACUCGGCUUUGAUUCUGAUGGUGUGUCUAAGAUUUUAUUAGACAAAUGGCGAAAAUACGGCAUGACUAACUAUCGUUUGACGGUUGGCUCCGAGGAGUGGGUUAUGCUCUGUGAAUCAGACGAUGUCGGGUCGAUCCUUGGACAUCCGACAGAGUUGGCCAAGCCUACUGAAAGGAACGCUGCUAUGAUGCCUUUCUUCGGGAAUUCUGUCUCAACAUCAGAAGGCGAACGAUGGAAAUCGACUCGUAAACUGAUGACUCCCAGUUUCCACUUCAAGACGCUAGAAGCUCGCGUUGACGCAGUCAAUUCGCGUACAGACGCCCUCUACCAAGUGCUAGACCAAUACGUGGACAAGGCCCCUGUGGAUAUAUACAGAUACCUUCGACCGUUCAUGUUUGAUAUCCUAUGCAACACAUUGAUGGGUGUCGAUGAUAAUAUGCUCGCCAAUCCCGACCACCCUUAUUUAGACGCCAGCGCUAGGGUUAUCAAAAUCGCUACCGAAAACUAUUUCUCGUACUGGAGGAAUAUUAGCUUCAUCUUUAAACUGACACCCAUUUAUCGAGAAAUGAUGGAUACUAUUAAAACAAUUAGAGGCUACAGUGACAAGCUUAUUCGUGAGAGAAGAGUGAAGCUAAACGAAUUCAUCGAAGAAAUUAAGAGCAAUAACAGGGACGCUACCGUUGACAUAAACGCUCUGAUUCACGAGAAAGUAUCCGAAAAGGCUUGCCUUCUAGACUCCCUUCUUCUAAGUACCCUGCCCAAUGGCGAUCCUGCUCCAGAUGACACCAUCAAUGAAGAAAUCACUCUGCUCUGUUUCACAGGACACUACACCACAACAAUGACAAUGGCACACACUCUGUACUGUUUAGCCAAAUAUCCGGAAAUUCAGGAGAGAGUAGUCGAGGAACAGAACUCCAUAUUCAACAGUGACAAGCUGAGACAGCCUACCAACCACGAUCUCAUUGAAAUGAAAUACCUCGAGGCUGUCAUUAAAGAGAGCAUUCGUGUCAUCCCCACAGUAACAAAAAUUGGAAGGCAGCUGCAAAAUGAUUUACCAUUAAAAGAUGGUAGAAUCAUUCCUCCUGGAACGCAAGUCGUCGUGUACUACGAGGCCCUGUACGCCGACCCGAAGAUGUUCCCCGAGCCCGAGAAGUACAAGCCAGAGAGGUUCUUCAACAGCCUACAUCCAUACGCUUUCGUGCCAUUCAGCGCGGGACCGAGGAACUGCAUAGGUUUCCGUUACGCUUGGGUGGCGAUGAAGGCGACACUAUCCAACUUCCUUCGACGGUACGAGGUGCUUCCCGGCGCCCCGGAAGAUGAGCCCAAGUUCGCUCAUAGGAUCAUAACCGAAUCCAUCAACGGCGUCAAACUAAGAUUGAAAAAGAGAGAACUUUAGAUUACUUAUCCAAUUGUUGUUGUGGUCAGAAAUGGCAAGUCUGGUCAGUCGUUGUUAUUGCCAAAGUAUUUAAUAGUGUUUAAUAGGUAGGCAUUUUCGAUUUUGGAAUGAUUUAUUUACGAAAGUAUGGACGCUAAGCACGAAGAGUUGAUCCGCCAUUUUCUAUAUCUAUCGCCCGCGCGUAAAUGUUGCUGUCCCGUCCAUGAUGCCGGCGGUAAAUACGCGUGGGAAAAAAAAGAAAAUGGUGGGGUACAAAAUUCUUCGUCCUUGGCGUCCUUUACUUCAUAGUUCACAGUUUACUUCAUAUUCUGAGAGAUGAUAUAUCACUAUGUAUCUCUCAGAAUAUGAUUGUGAUUUGCUCUUGUGAGGUAUGCACGUAUUUUUUUGGAACUGUACAUGUGUGUAAUAUAAUGAUAAAAUAGUAGGUAUAAAACAUUUUUCUUCUUAUAUUACAGGUUUUUGCUAUUAAGUAGAUAGGUAUCGAUAAAUAUUUUUUACUAAUUUAAUUUAUUUUAAUAUAUUUUUUAAUAAAUGAUAUUAAAUAAAAAUAGAAUAUUAUUAACGCUUGCCCGUCUCACAUAGAUCACGUAUAGAUAUUAAUACAUCCCUAAAAGCUGGCCAUUAGUCGAAUGCAACAUAUUGCAGAAUUCCUGUAAACGGGUAUGUACUCGUAUUCUGAUUCCUGGACCCAGAAAUUCCUGAUUUCCGGGUCUGAAGCGAGUUUGUAAAAACUAUCGAAAAUGAAUAAAUAUAUAAUUUAAAGGACA